UAUGACGGAGGAAAUAACCGGCGAUUGGAGCUACUACGUGUAUAUAUCGCUGACGUUGGUUCCAGUCUAUUUGGCAUUUCGGCUCAUUAAGUCACUCGGCUGGCAGCUCUUCGUCAACAACUGAGCAAACAUCUGGACCCAAAACUGAAGCUGAAGCUGAAGCUGAUGCCGAAACUGAAGCUAUAACUGCGACUCAAACUGAAACUACUGAAGUUGCAGUCAUCAGGGGAAUCCGUCGUCGUCGUCGCGGAAAAGGAAAA